CUUCAGGCUGCUGUGAUCACGUGACCCAGAGCCACCAAUGCCCCUCCACUUUUACCGGCAAAAAGAGGGAGGAGUACUCCUCCUCCUCCUCCUCUCUGCUCCUCUUCCUCCGUGGAUCAGUCCGUAGAACCGUCUCCACUUCGUCUCUACCUUUUUCUUCUUCUUCUUCUUCUGGUGCCUCCGGGGGGCGGACCCCUUCCCUGGGGAACCGUCGGGGGAUGGAGGCGCCGGAUGGGAACCCGGCUCAGGAGCAGCAUCACGCCGGUAACGGCUCCCACCUCCCGCCCCCUCCCACCAUCACUCCGGCCAUCCCUCCCUCCGUGAAGCUGGGUCUGACCGUCGCCUACACCGUCUUCUACUCGCUGCUGUUCGCCUUCGUGUACGCGCAGCUGUGGCUCGUGCUUCGGUACCGACACAAGCGCUUCAGUUACCAGACCGCCUUCUUGUUCCUGUGUCUGAUCUGGGCCGCCCUCCGCGCGCUGCUCUUCUCCUUCUACUUCAGAGACUGCGUCACCGCCAACGCGCUCGCGCCCUUCGCCUUCUGGAUCCUCUACUGUUUCCCGGUCUGUCUGCAGUUCUUCACCCUGAGCCUCAUGAACCUCUACUGCGCACAGGUUUACUUCAAGGCCAAGUCCAAGUACAGUCCAUCAUUGUUGAAGUACAGACUCCCUCUGUACCUGGUCUUCCUCGGCAUCAGUCUUCUGUUCCUGGUGGUGAACCUUGUCUGCGCCCUGCUGGUCAAGAUGACUGCCUCAGACGUCAAGACCAUCGUCCUGGUCCGGGUCACCAUCAAUGACAGCCUGUUCGUACUCUGCGCCAUCUCGCUCUCCGUCUGCCUCUAUAAGGUUGCCAAGAUGUCGCUGGCCAACAUCUACCUGGAGUCUAAGGGGACGUCAGCAUGUCAGGUGACUCUGAUCGGCGUCACCGUGGUGCUGCUCUAUGCCUCCCGGGCCUGUUACAACCUGGUGGUCCUUGCUUUGACCGACAUCGAGACGAUCAACUCCUUCGACUACGAUUGGUACAACGUCUCUGACCAGGCUGACCUGCGUUCGUCCCUGGGUGAUGCUGGAUACAUCGUGUUCGGGGUGAUUCUCUUUGUCUGGGAGCUUCUGCCCACAUCACUGGUCGUCUUCUUCUUCAGGGUCCGACGGCCGCCUCAGGACAGGAACACCGUUGGGUUACCAAACCACGUUCUCUCCUCCAGAGGAUAUUUCUUUGACAACCCUAAUCGUUACAACAGCGAUGACGACUUGGCCUGGAGCAUCCCUCCUCAGAACGCAUCAGCAAGUCUUUCCUCCGACUGCUAUGACUGGGGAAGUCGCCACAGCAGCUUCACCGUUCACACCAACGGUGACGAGCAGCGGCUCACCGCCACCACUGGGGAGCUCCACCCUUAUCCAUAAGCCCCUGUGCAGUCAUCAUCAUUCUGCACUUUGGCACCGAUCAGUUAUUGUGUUUGUGAAACCACUGAUGUAGACGUUCACAGGUUCCUGUACAGAUGAGUAAAUCAGACUUAAACCUGGUAGAACAUUUGAUCUGAUUGUAUUUUUAAUGAACAUUGAGCUGCACUUAGUGAUGAACGUUACCACGGCGGCAGUGUUACCUCAGAAUGGAGCUGCAACCUGAUGCAAAUAAAAAGUCAGCAGUAUUUACGUAAUUCAACAUCACAAACAUCACAAACCAACAAGGUAAACACCAGAUGACCUUCCAAGCAUCCACUGAUUAUAACAGAUCUCCAAUUUCCACCAGCGUGGAGCAGCUUCUCUCCAGGUUUGAUUAUUUUUUUUAUUAGUUUAUUUGGACAGUUCAUGUCUGUAUUGAACAACAUCAGAAGUAAAUAUGUCGGAUUACAGCAAAAAUGCUAAUUGCCAUCCGUCGUCCCUAGACAUGAUGCAGAUUCACCUAAGAUUCAACACUUCAUGGUGGGUUGGUGUAAAAAUUAAGGCAAUACUGAAUUUCACCACUUGGCCUCAGUGGAUUCUCCCAACUAGAACAUAAUUAGACUGGAUGAGAGUGUAAAGACUCCAGUCCACUGAGUGGCGCUAUUGCACCUCAGCUGGUUGGGUGACCACCAGGAGUUUCCAUGUUUCCUUUUCUCUGGUUUACAACUGCAAAUUUCAGGUUCAGAUUUUACUUCUUUCACAUCUGGCCGUCGUGAACUUCCUCUUCUACUGAAUGUGAUCUCCUUAGCGCUGUUCCCUCAGUUCAGCAGGAAAAUGAUCCCGCCUCUAUAAAUCCAUUUAGGACAAAUACUAGUUUUUAUUUUCCAGUCAUCAAGUCAUUUAUCACUGAUGUAAAUCUGAGUGGAUUUAGUGAUGUUUGCUGAUGGACACAUUAAUGUGACCUGGAAAUUGACCAACUCUGGUUCAGGACAUUUUAGAUUCUGGUGAUGAUCUUUGAGUUUGAGGAAAAUCUUGAACAAAGGCUGAAUGAGUCAAGCAGUAAACAGACAGGAGAACUGAAACUGAAACAAAAAAUACCUAAUUUAUCUCUGAAGAUGAGCAACUGAACUGAAAAGGCAAAACACUUGAACACAUAGUGACAUCUAGUAAAUUGAUGUAGUGUAACACACUGGAAUGACUCAACAUUUGUAAUAAAAUGUGCCUGAAAAUGUGCAGUUAAGGUUUAAAAAUCUAUAAUAUUUAUGCACUUUGUUUGAAAUGUAUGACACUCAUUGUUAAACAUUUUCUUGUCGAUAAAAAUCAAAUUUAAUGAAGACACUUUGAGCAGCAACAAACUCAGUUAUUUUUUCCAACUGAGUAAAUGUUUAGUUUAUAAAAUAUGAGAAAAUGGUGAAAAAGUGAAUGUCAUUGAGUGUUUCAUCUGAUUCACAACAAAAAGCACUCUCUGUCACAGAGAAAGACAGAAUAAUCAGAUUUAAACCAGACAAUAAUCAGAUUUAAGACGCUGGAAUCAGGGAAUUUAUGGAAAACUGAUGAGCUGUUGCUAAAAAAAGUCAUCGAUUACAUAAUGAUUGAUGUUGGAUGGAAAGAGUUCAUUUUUCAUCCUAUAAUUGAUACCGUUAAUUGACCUGUUGGAUGUUUCAGAAUUCAUCUGGUAUAUAUUUUUCCAUUUCCUGUCUAGAUUCUUCUUCAGUGGAUGACCUCUGACCUUAGUGUUGAGCUGUGAUUCAGAUCCAGGACAUUUGGUCUUAAUUUAUAAUUCUCAAUUCAAGUUUCACAGAUAAUGUCAGAUUCACUCUAGUUAUUUGAUCGUGUAUUUCAGUCGAAAAAUAAGACACUCCACAUGAUUUGAAAUUAAACGUCCAUGUCGUCUAUUUUCCUCUUGACCACUGAAUUGUACAGAAAUAAAAAUGAGUGUUGUUUUGAGAUUUUGAAGGAUGUGAAAUUACAUUGUUUGCUUUGACAUAAUUAAUAUCUUGUUUGAGAUGUUGAUUUGAUGUAAAAUAUUCUCUUUAAGUCAGUAAAAUAAAACUUGGUACAAUAACCAGA